CUCGACCUCCCGAGUCAGACAGAUCCGUGAGGUGUCACCAGACUAUUCUUCUCAACUAUUUGACCCGUAAAACCAAAACAAACACACCAAUUAGGGUUUAUCUCCCCAAAUUCUAGGGUUUCAAAUCCCCAAUUCCCCCAAAUCAAGCCUCCAUGUCGAAACGCAAGUUCGGAUUCGAAGGCUUCGGAAUCAACCGCCAGCAAACCUACAACUUCGACAAAUCGCAAGCUCCGCAGCGCCUCUACGUCCCGCCAUCCUCUCGCAGCCACGACAAUUUCGAAGACACCGAUCUCGACAACAUCGAGUACGACGAGCACGACGGAGUGUCAGAACAGGAGCAUACUAUUAGUCAUGACGACGGUGCAGAGAUUGAUCCGUUGGAUGCGUUUAUGGAGGGGAUUCACGAGGAGAUGAAAGCGGAGCCGAAAGCGAAGGCGAAGGUGCUGGAGAAGUACGCGAGUGACGAGGAGGAUGAUCCGAUGGAGAGUUUUUUGAAGGCGAAGAAGGAUGUGGGGCUGGCGUUGGCGAGUGAGGUGAUGAAUGCGGGGUAUAAUAGUGAUGAGGAGGUUUAUGCGGCGGCAAAGGCGGUGGAUAAUGGGAUGGUGGAGUAUGAUGAUGAGGAUAAUCCGAUUAUGGUUGAUAAGAAGAGGAUUGAGCCGAUUGCACCGUUGGAUCAUAGUUGUAUUGACUAUGAGGCUUUUAAUAAGGAUUUUUAUGAGGAGAAACCGUCGAUUUCAGGCAUGACAGAGCAAGAUGUUUCUGAGUACAGGAAGAGCUUAGCCAUCCGUGUUUCUGGUUUUGAUGUGCCAAGGCCUGUCAAGACAUUUGAGGACUGUGGAUUUUCAGCUGAGAUAAUGAAAGCAAUAUCUAGACAAGCAUACGAGAAGCCUACGUCAAUACAAUGUCAAGCUUUUCCAAUUGUGCUCUCCGGAAGAGAUAUUAUUGGUAUAGCAAAGACUGGUUCAGGUAAGACUGCUGCUUUUGUGCUUCCUAUGAUAGUCCAUAUUAUGGAUCAGCCCGAGCUUGAGAAAGAAGAGGGUCCUAUUGGAGUUAUAUGUGCACCUACCAGAGAGCUAGCACAUCAAAUAUAUUUAGAGGCCAAAAAGUUUUCAAAAUCCAACGGAAUACGUGUGUCUGCAGUAUAUGGUGGAAUGUCUAAACUUGAACAGUUUAAAGAACUGAAAGCAGGAUGUGAAAUAGUUGUUGCUACUCCAGGGAGGUUGAUAGACUUGCUAAAGAUGAAGGCCCUGACAAUGUCAAGAGCAACUUACUUGGUUCUUGAUGAGGCUGAUCGAAUGUUUGACCUUGGAUUUGAGCCACAGAUUAGGUCCAUUGUUGGUCAGAUUAGGCCCGAUCGUCAGACAUUACUCUUUUCCGCAACAAUGCCUCGUAAAGUUGAGAAGCUUGCAAGAGAAAUUCUCACUGAUCCAAUAAGAGUUACUGUAGGCGAAGUUGGUAUGGCCAAUGAGGAUAUUACUCAAGUUGUUCAUGUAGUCCCUGCAGAUGGUGAGAAGUUCCCUUGGCUUCUUGAAAAGCUACCUGGUCUAAUUGAUAAUGGUGAUGUUUUAGUUUUUGCCUCGAAAAAGGCGACAGUAGAUAUGCUCGAAACACAACUGGCUGAAAAGGGAUUUAAAGUUGCGGCUCUUCAUGGUGAUAAAGAUCAAGCAUCUCGUACAGAAACGCUACAAAAGUUCAAAUCUGGAGUAUACCAUGUUCUUAUCGCAACAGAUGUGGCUGCCCGUGGUCUUGAUAUCAAAUCAAUUAAAUCAGUGGUGAAUUUUGAUAUCGCAAGAGAUAUGGACAUGCAUGUUCAUCGUAUUGGUAGAACAGGUCGGGCAGGGGACAAAGAUGGGACUGCUUACACUCUUAUCACACAGAAAGAGGCACGGUUUGCUGGCGAUCUAGCUAAUAGUUUAGUUGCUGCUGGUCAGGAUGUGCCCAUGGAGUUGAUGGAUCUUGCAAUGAAGGAUGGAAAAUUCAGAUCGAAACGUGAUGCACGAAAAGGAGGUGGCAAAAGAGCAAAAGGAAGGGGAGGAGGUGGCAAUCGAGGUGUGCGUGGGGUGGACUUUGGUCUGGGUAUUGGAUAUAAUACAGAAUCUAAAAGUGCUCCAUCACAAGUUGUUCCUGGUCGUUCUGCAGCUGUGAACUCAUUGAAGACAGGGAUGACGUCACAAUUUAAAAGCAGUUUUGUUGCUGCUUCAUCUGGUUCCCUUAAUGCAGGGUUGAGUAAUAGUUCAGGCAUGCAAGCUGGCAACAGGGUGUUGCGUGGUUUUGUGUCGGGUGGUUCUAUUGGGGGAGGCAUGCAUACUCCUCCAACAAGCAGCCAGGUGAAUCCUUCUCCUGUGCAAAGUGGGCCAAGAAGCUCAGAGAGCAGAGGAAACACAAGUCAAAAGAACUCAGAAAGUUCUAAAGAAAGAGCAAGAGAAAGACGAAGACCCUCGGGCUGGGAUCGUUAAAUUUCUCAGUGGGAGGAUGUUUGUAAGUUAAGUUUAAUGCAAUGUUUAGCUCCACUUUUUGUUCAACCCUAUGUAUUGCCACCCUGAAAGUUCCCCAAUGUUCCGUGCUGCUUAUAUUCUAUUAUCUUGUACAAUAGAAUAGUGUUUGAGUAUACCUUUUUGGAGCAUAUUAAUACGCAUUAAGGUUCUUGUUCUUUUCUGGUUA